AUGUCGUCUCCGGACUUGCUUAAGCAUCUUUCGAGGGUAUUGACAUCUGGGGACAUUGAAGCAUUAGAACAGGUCCCGUCUCCUGAGGAGAUUCGGCGGGUGGUGUUUGAGAUGGAUGGGGAUAGUGCGGCGGGUCCGGAUGGUUACACGGGGAGAUUCUUUACGUCGGCAUGGCCAAUUGUGGGCGAUGAUGUGGGCAAGGCUAUAGGUAGUUUCUUCUGUGGUGCUGAGUUGCCUAGGGCAAUCACUGCGACUUCCAUUGUCCUCAUCCCGAAAAUUGCUCAUCCCCAGGACUUUUCGCAGUUCAGACCGAUUAGUUUGUGCAACUUCGUGAAUAAAGAACUUAUGUCUAGUAUGGGCAAGGUGUCUGGGAGGGGUAAAGUGGCUCUCAAGCUUGAUAUGUCUAAGGCGUACGAUCGGGUUUCGUGGGUGUUUUUAACUCAGGUAUUGCGGAAAUUUGGAUUUGGCGAACGGUGGAUCGACAUGGUCUGGAGGCUGGUCUCAAAUGUCUGGUUUUCUGUCUUAGUGAAUGGGGCUGGUGUGGGCUUCUUCAAGGCUUCACGGGACUCUGCCAAGGGGACCCGCUGUCCCAGGUUUAUUCAUUCUGGGUACGGAGGUGUUGUCCCGGUCUCUGAACAAAUUGUUGGACAAUUGGGAUUUUAA